UCCCUUCCAUGGCCAGCCAAUCCCGAGGCUCUGCGGGGAGAACCGGAUGACAGCCGCUGCCGCAGGGAAAGCCGCGGGCUGAGUCCGCGCUCAGGUCACCGCGUCCCUCCGCUGCCGUCGGCGCCGCGAAGUCAAGAUGGGAUUUAUAUUUUCAAAAUAUAUGAAUGAAAACAUGAAAAAUCAGCAGGAGUUCAUGCUUAUGAACACUCGGCUUCAGCUGGAAAGGCAACUAAUAAUGCAGAAUGAAAUCAGAGAAAGACAAAUGGCCAUGCAGGUGGCUUGGUCUCGGGAGUUCUUCAAAUAUUUUGGAACUUUUUUUGGCAUUGCAGCCAUCUCUUUAACAGCCGGAGCAAUAAAAAGGAAGAAGCCAGCCUUCCUCUUACCCAUUGUUCCAUUAAGCUUUAUUCUCACCUAUCAGUAUGACUUGGGCUAUGGAACACUUCUGCAAAGAAUGAAAGGUGAAGCGGAGAACAUACUGGAAACAGAAAACAGCAAGUUGGAGUUGCCAAGAGGACUGAUCACUUUUGAAAGCCUUGAAAAAGCCAGAAGGGAACAGAGUAAAUUCUUCAUAGACAAAUGAAAUCGUGUUUACCCACUGACUCGCAAAGCACAAAAUUGUUAGCAUGAAUCAUGGUUUCUAUAAUUUUUUAAAUGCUCAAGAUUUUGAUAUAAUUGGUUUUAUUGUAAAAUAUUAAAAUGCAGAAUGAGUUGUGUUAAACUAUUUUAAAAUAAAGUUUGUAACAUUUGCCAUAAAAUCAUGGAAGUACUCUAAAUACCUUGCAGAUUUCCUCUGUAUGUGUUUGUAAUGCAAAUACCUAAGUGCAAAAUUAAUAAAUUUUAUUGUUUUGAAUUCCCAGAGACAA